AUGGACCAGUCAUACACGAAAUCUACCCAGCAGGUGCUGGAACACUUCAAAGUCAGAGAAUCCCAAGGCCUGACCUCACAACAAGUCUCGUCGUCGAAGGACAAAUAUGGCAAUAAUGCUCUUCCAGAAGAUCCUCCUACACCCCUUUGGCAUCUCAUCCUUGAGCAAUUCAAGGAUCAGCUGGUCAUCAUACUUUUAGGCUCAGCCGCAAUUUCAUUCGUGUUAGCGUUAUUGGAGGAUUCGGAGGAUUGGACUGCCUUUGUUGACCCUGUGGUGAUCCUCACCAUAUUGAUCCUCAACGCAGUCGUUGGCGUCACCCAAGAAAGCAGUGCCGAGGCUGCAAUCGCCGCUUUGCAAGAGUAUUCUGCCAACGAGGCGACUGUUACUCGCAAUGGAGUUGUACAACGAAUCAAAGCUGAAGAGUUGGUUCCUGGGGACAUCGUUACGGUCGCUGUAGGAGAUCGAAUUCCUGCAGACUGCCGAUUGCUUUCCUUCCAAAGCAACAGCUUUGCGGUAGACCAGGCUAUUCUCACGGGUGAGAGUGAGCCAGUGAACAAGGACACACGAGUUGUUAGUGAUGUGGCGGCUGUCAAGCAGGAUCAGAUCAAUAUGCUCUUCUCUGGUACAACCGUGGUAACGGGACACGCGACAGCUAUAGUCGUGUUGACUGGAAGUUCCACGGCUAUUGGCGAUAUUCACGAAAACAUUACUUCUCAGAUUUCCGAGCCCACUCCACUCAAAGAGAAGCUGAACGACUUCGGUGAUCAAUUGGCCAAGGUCAUCACUGGUAUCUGCGUCUUGGUAUGGCUCAUCAAUAUUCAGCACUUCAACGAUCCUUCACAUGGCGGCAGUUGGACAAAGGGCGCGAUCUACUACCUCAAGAUUGCGGUCUCACUAGGUGUAGCAGCUAUUCCUGAAGGACUCGCUGCUGUCAUCACGACCUGUCUGGCGCUCGGAACAAGGAAGAUGGCUGCGAAGAAUGCCAUUGUACGUAGUCUGCCCUCAGUCGAGACUCUGGGAAGUUGCAGUGUCAUCUGCUCAGACAAGACUGGCACCCUAACCACUAAUCAAAUGAGUGUCGAGAAAAUGGUCUUCCUCAACGAGAGUGGCAAUGACCUGACGGAGAUACAUGUAGAAGGCACUACUUUCGCUCCCGAAGGCACUCUCUUCCUGGAUCAGAGGCCUUACAACGGGCCAGCCGUGUCUUCCAAGACCAUGGCUCGAUUAGCAGAAGUCCUAGCUUUAAACAACGAGUCUCGUCUCUCGUACGACUCAAAGACGAACGUGUUCUCACAGAUUGGACCUGCUACAGAAGGAGCUCUUCGAGUUCUGGUCGAGAAGAUCGGUACUCCAGACGCCAGCUUCAACGAGGCUCGUGCCACUAUCCCCCGUUCUGCAUGGACUCACUAUGCAAGUGCACAUUACGAGCAAAAAUUACCUAUCCAAGCCACUUAUGAGUUUUCGAGAGAUCGGAAGAGUAUGUCCGUCCUUGUUGGCACAGGUGCAGAACAGAAGUUACUUGUUAAAGGAGCUCCAGAAUCGGUUCUGGAGCGUUGCACCCAUACACUUGUCGGCAAGGAUGGCAAGCGUAUAGAACUCACAAAGGGCCAUCUUGAUCUACUUAACGAGGAGGUUCGUCUGUUUGGAAAGCGUGGUCUGCGCGUCAUGGCGUUCGCCAACAUCGAAAGCGUCGUUGGCAAUUCAGCUUUCAGAUCCGCCAAAUCAACCAAGGAAUAUGCUGCGCUUGAACAAAACAUGACCUUCGUUGGUCUUGUUGGGAUGAUUGACCCUCCUCGACCCGAGGUACCAGCUUCUAUUCGAGAGUGCAAAAGCGCAGGUAUCCGUGUCAUAGUCAUCACAGGUGAUAAUCAGACGACAGCCGAAACGAUCUGCCGCCAGAUCGGUGUCUUUGGCAUCGACGAGGACGUACAAGGUAAAUCUUUCACUGGCCGUCAAUUCGAUGCUAUGUCGGAAGAGGAGAAGCUUCAUGCAGCAAGUGUAGCAAGCCUCUUCUCACGUGUCGAGCCGACUCACAAAUCCAAGCUGGUUGACCUCCUGCAGAGCCUUGGCGAAGUGGUUGCUAUGACUGGCGAUGGCGUGAAUGAUGCACCAGCUCUCAAGAAAGCAGAUAUUGGCGUUGCCAUGGGUACUGGUACCGAUGUCGCAAAGCUUGCCGCCGAUAUGGUCUUGGCCGACGAUAACUUCGCCACUAUCGAGGUUGCGAUCGAGGAGGGCCGCACGAUUUACAGCAAUACUCAACAAUUUAUUCGCUACCUCAUCUCCUCCAACAUUGGCGAGGUCGUCUCAAUCUUUCUCACCGCCGCACUGGGUCUGCCCGAAGCUCUCAUUCCCGUUCAACUUCUGUGGGUCAAUCUCGUCACUGAUGGUCUUCCGGCCACAGCUCUUUCCUUCAAUCCACCUGAUCAUGACGUGAUGCGAAGAAAGCCUCGCAGGCGAGACGAGGCGCUUGUUACUCCAUGGCUGUUCUUCAGAUACAUGGUGGUCGGCACCUAUGUUGGCGCUGCCACUGUCUAUGGUUACGCAUGGUGGUUCAUGUUCUAUGAAAACGGCCCGCAGAUAUCCUUCUAUCAGCUUCGCAAUUUCCACAAAUGCAGCCUAAGCAAUCCAGUAUUCAACAACACCGACCCGUUUUCAACUGGAAAAGCAGUCGACUGCGGCAUCUUCUCACCUAAUGCUAUCGAAACACGAUCUGCAAGCACAAUCUCCCUGUCUGUACUGGUCGUCAUCGAAAUGUUCAAUGCCAUGAAUGCACUUUCCUCCUCAGAGUCGUUAGUCACGCUGCCACUCUGGAAGAACAUGAAGCUCAUCUAUGCUAUCAUGCUGUCCAUGGCACUACACUUUGCUAUCCUAUACGUGCCCUUUUUGCGGUCGCUUUUCAGCAUUGAGUCGCUGAACUGGGUAGAAUGGCGGGCCGUCAUUUUGAUGAGCGCACCUGUUAUUGCCAUCGAUGAGGUUGGGAAGUAUUUUGAGCGCAAGCUUUAUUUGGAGGAUAUCCCGAAGAGAAAAGCUGUUGGACACAUUGCUAAUGGCAAGGUCAAGGGUAACUAA